AUGAACGUUUUUACAAGUUUGGACAAGCACCCAGGGUGGAGUGAAACUAUUUACAACCUGGCAGAGCCGAAAAUAACAGAUACCAUUUCGGAUUCAAGGACUAGAUACACGAAGUACAAUGGGUACAAUAAAGAAUUCUAUCAAAAUAGGAAGUCAGCCAUACCUCGCACUAUGGGAUAUUCUAAUCUCUCUUUGAAUUCCCCGAAUGAUUAUCUGAGAAAACGUAGCAGCGAAUCGAGAAAAGAUGCCAACAAAUCCGUAAACUGCCUAUGCAGAAUGAGAAACUGCAAAGAAAGAUCCGCUCCAAAAGCUAAAGAAAGUCUGGAGGCUUUGCCAGAAGUGUGCCAAAGAGAUUUUCGAACGGAGAAUUUUUUAGAUGUCUUAAAACGCCCUCCGACGACACCUGCGAGAAGAUCUGUUGACAACAGGAAAGGAGAUUCUUUUGAUUUGGAGACUUCAGGUUUGGUCCCAAAAUACACUUUCAAAGAAGAAGUUGCUGAUUGCUUUUCGUCUUCCUGUUUAAAAGAACAUGGAUUUAGUACAGUCAUGAGCUUCAGCACAAAAAAUAAGAAUCAUCAAGAAAUUAGUGCUCUUGGACGCUUACGACUGAAACAUAGAUCCAAAGAUAGAUAA